UUCCUUUCCACGCCGGCUUGGCUUCCUCCCCUCAGCACCUCAGGGAGGCGUUAGGAUUCUCGGGCCGCCGUCGCGAUGGGCAAAACUCCUAACUCCUUGGGCUCGGGAGGCCGACCCGACCCGGUGAGGAGCUUCAAUCGCUGGAAGAAAAAACACAGCCAUAGGCAGAACCAAAAGAAGCAGUUGAGGAAGCAGCUGAAGAAGCCCGAGUGGCAGGUGGAGCGCGAGGGCAUCAGCCGUCUGGUGCAGAGCUACGAGAAGAUAAAUGUGAAUGAAAUUACAAGAUUUUCAGAUUUCCCCUUGUCUAAAAAGACAUUGAAAGGUUUGCAGGAAGCCCAGUACCGCUUGGUAACAGAGAUACAGAAGCAGACGAUUGGGUUGGCUUUGCAAGGCAAAGAUGUGCUUGGAGCUGCCAAAACUGGAUCUGGCAAGACUUUGGCUUUCCUUGUUCCAGUGUUGGAAGCCCUAUACCGUCUACAGUGGACAUCAACAGAUGGGCUGGGUGUUCUGAUAAUAUCACCUACCAGAGAGCUGGCCUAUCAGACUUUUGAGGUUCUCCGAAAAGUAGGGAAGAAUCAUGACUUUUCAGCUGCUCUCAUCAUUGGUGGGAAGGAUCUGAAACAUGAAGCUGAAAGGAUCAACAACAUAAAUAUACUUGUUUGCACACCAGGUCGGCUUCUUCAACACAUGGAUGAAACAAUAUGUUUUCAUGCUACCAAUCUUCAAAUGCUGGUUCUUGAUGAAGCAGAUAGAAUCUUGGAUAUGGGCUUUGCUGAUACUAUGAAUGCUAUUAUUGAAAAUCUUCCUAAGAAACGUCAGACUUUACUUUUCUCAGCCACACAAACCAAAUCUGUAAAGGACCUUGCACGCUUGAGUUUGAAAAACCCUGAGUAUGUGUGGGUUCAUGAAAAAGCAAAAUACAGUGUGGCAGUUAGAAAUAAAGCUGCUAUAAACAUCCAUGUGCAGGUUUUUGGUGUGGAUAUGUUUCAGUUUCUUACGGCAAAGCAAUCUGUCUCUUCUGUGCCAGAUAUGAAGAAAUCUUCACAUUCAAAUACUAAUUUCAGUUCACUUUGUCAAAAUUUCCCGGCUGUUAAUUGGGUUCUUCAGUUUGAUUGUCCAGAGGAUGCCAACACAUAUAUUCACAGAGCGGGUAGAACUGCCAGGUACAAAGAGGGUGGUGAGGCACUAUUAAUUCUGCUUCCUUCAGAAGAGCAAGAGAUGGUACAGCAGCUUCUCCAGAAGAAAGUACCUGUGAAGGAAAUCAAAAUCAAUCCAGAAAAGCUUAUAGAUGUCCAGAAAAAAUUGGAAUCCUUUUUAGCUCAAGAUCAAGAUUUGAAAGAAAGAGCUCAAAGGUGUUUUGUCUCCUACAUACGUUCAGUAUAUCUUAUGAAGGAUAAAAAAGUAUUUGAUGUAAGCAAGUUACCUAUUCCUGAAUAUGCAUUAUCUCUUGGUCUUGCUGUGGCACCUCGGGUAAGAUUUCUUCAGAAAAUGCAGAACAAGCCCACCAAAGAAUCUGUAAGGAGCCAAGGCGAUGAUGUCAUCGAGUCCAGAGCUCCUUCCCUCACCAAUGAUGAAGUGGAAGAAUUUAGAGCCUAUUUCAGUGAGAAAAUGUCCAUACUUCAGAAGGGUGCGAAGAAUCUCAGAGAAUCAGACUGCAGAGUGGCUAGUGAUAGUAACAAUGAAGAAGAGGAAGGGGAGGAGGAGGAGGAAGAGGAGGAAGAGGAAAAAGAGGAAGAGGAAGAAGAAGAGGAGGAGGAUGACAAAAUGAAAGAGAAAUUAGGAAAAGCAAGAGGAUCUCAGACUGAAUCUGUUCCCAGUACUGAUAAGGUAAAGAAGGUCAAGGAAGUUCCUGUGCAGUUCCUUAGCGGCGGAGAUGAAGAGGAAGAAGAUGGACCUGAUGCUGAUUUCCUUACAGUGAAGCGGCGUGAUGUAUUUGGGUUGGAUCUUAAAGAGAAUAAAGCAUUACCGAAGAAAGAACCUUCUAAAGCCAGUGUCAAGAAAAAAUUAACCAAAGUUGCUGAAGCAAAAAAAGUAAUGAAGAGAAAUUUUAAAGUGAAUAAGAAGAUAACCUUUACUGAUGAUGGAGAGUUGGUUCAGCAGUGGCCACAAGUACAGAAAUCUACCACAAAGGAUACAGAGGAGGAAGAUGAUGCUGGUGGUAUCAACUUAGAAAAAGCAAAGGAAAGACUUCAGGAAGAGGACAAGUUUGACAAAGAAGAAUACAGGAAGAGGAUUAAGGCAAAGCAUCGGGAGAAAAGACUGAAAGAAAAGGAAGCCAGAAGAGAAGCCAACAAGAAACAAGCAAAGGCUAAAGAUGAAGAAGAAGAAGCCUUUCUGGAUUGGAGUGAUGAUGAUGAUGUUGGAUUUGAUCCAAGCACCCUUCCAGAUCCAGAUAAGUACAGAAGUUCUGAAGAAUCAGAUAGUGAAUGUAUGGAAAACAAUAUAAGUGAUACCAAGAAACAGCAAGGAAUGAGGAAAAGGAACAACAAUGAAGCAGAAGACAUGGGACCAACAAGUCAUCAUAGAAAGAAGGCCAAGCGGGAAGCCUCAGAGCCUUUGGAUACAGGCCUUUCCUUAGCAGAAGAUGAAGAACUGGUGUUGCAUCUGCUUAAAAAUCAAAGUUAAAUAUGUCCUGUGCUGUGUGCACCUCAAUACCUCUGGACAUCACUGUGUGGACAUGGAGUUGAAAACAGCUUUGGGACACAUUCCCAAAGGGCACAUUUUCCACCCAGAAGGAUUCCACAGAAGGAAACCUGAGACCCUUUCAUAGGUUCUGUUUUGCACCAUCAAGGAACAUACUCAGAAUAAGGGUGGGUUAUAAAACUUCCUAAGCCCAGUUUCAGCAUGUGCUCUGUUAGGAUUUAUCUAUGGGUUCCUACCCCAUGUCAUUGGAACCGCUUCAUUUCUUUGGUUUUGUUUGUGGAGUAGUAGGGACUCUACCCAAGACUUUGCGCAUGUUGGGCAAGUGUUCUAUUACUGAGCUACAUCCUCAGCCUGUUUCCUUUGUUUUAGUGGCAAGUGCGAGAGCCCUUGUUUCAUUGUUGGAAAUUCUUGUUUUGCUUAUAGUACUAAGUUUUGAUGUUACUGUCAAAUGGCUAAUUUUGAUGUUUAUUUUAUACUCUAAAGAGACUUUAGUAUGAUGUACCAGCCCCCAAAAAGAAUGAGUAUUUUUAAUAUAAAUAUUAAAUAAUAAAUGUACAUCCUAUAA